CGUUUUGGCCCUUUUGGCCUUCCAUACUGCGCAGUUUGCUUGAAAUGCGUCGAAUGUGUUUUGUGUCACGUAGUAUACUUCACUUUUGCACAGCGUCGGUCGUGUUCCUCAUUAGGAAAUGCAUGGUUUAUAACAAUAGCAACGGAUGAUCUUCAGAUGCGUCGUAAACCUAAACACGCCUGAUUUUCCUGGUGAGGCACUACAACGCGAACUUGAACUUCUUCCUUGUAGUUUUGUAUAGAGGCGAAGUCAUUGACUAAUAGACGUUUGCACUAACAGUGUGCAUUUUGAAAGACAUGAAAUGUCACACAAGGUAACUCGUUCUAAUGAACAUGGCCUGGUCUUUGGGAUGUUGCCAUAAAGACACACCCCUCGAAGAGAACGCUGACCUGUUUUUUACCACAGUAUCAGAUGGCUCAAAAGAAAGCUCCACACCGAUUUUGCAGGACAUGUCCCACUCAAAAACAGACAGCGGAAAGAGGCCUGUUAAAAUUCGUCCACCGAGCCCGAGGACUACUCCAAGGCCAACAGCAGGCCGCAGCCUGUCAUGUGAACCACCACCCAAAUCCAUCAUCCAGAGGCGCACACAGUCCCUUCCAUCUCCAUCAGAGAGAAGCAGGCUUAGUCGCCGAGCCAGCGUCCGCUUUGUGGACUCUUUAGGGUUGCACCUAGAAAGUGUCAAGGUUUUUAAAAGCGGGGAGGACCCGUUUGUCCCAGAGCAUGUUCUCUUCCGACUGUUAACAAGUGCAGAGUUAGCCUCGAAUAAGGGGAUGGAGAUCUCCCUACCGUAUUUGAAACCGAUGUUCUCGGUCCAGCCAGGGGACUGUUCAAACUUCACCGAGCAUCUGUGCUGCCAACAAGUAUGUCUGGAGCGGGUUUUGUGCUACGAGCCUGGCAUUAUAGGGAUCGUUCAAGUUGUAAACUUGGCAUUUGAGAAGGAAGUGAGUGUUCGCUACUCUUUUACAAACUGGAAGAGCUGCUCAGAAACCAAGGCUUACUGGGUUGCAAGCAAAUCCAUUUCAAACGGGCCCUGCUGUGACACUUUUCGAUUUCAUCUCCCGGUCCCUCCAUAUAUCCUUCAUCCUGGAGCAGUGCUGGAGUUUGCUGUUUGUUAUAAAGUAAUGGGCAUGCAGUUUUGGGAUAACAAUGGUGGGCAGAAUUACAAGUUAACCUGUCAGAGUUAUAACCUGCCUGUGCCGAAGGAAUGCGAAGACAGCAUGAUACACUUUAUCUGAGGACACUGAGAGUUAGAUGAAACUAUUUUUUUAGAGCACUGUUUCACUUUUAGAUUUGGCUUGCAACCACCAGCAUUUUCACUAUGUGACGUACAUUGCUGACCUUCUGAAAGUCUUGAUAUUUCAUUUGUAAAUAAUAACCUUGAAGCCACGUGAAAUAUGAGAUUUUUAACUUUAAGUGGUGACUGUUUAACUGGACUGAGAGUAUUACUGUAUGUUGAUUUGAUAAUGUAAUGUAGAUUUAAAAAGUGCCUUUACUGUAUUUUUUACCUUUCAGGUUUGCACUUACUUGCACUUACCUAUUGUCCCUAUAUGGUACAUUUUCAUGAUACUUGUGGAUAUUGUGAACACAGAUGUUGAUACAAAUAAUUAAGGAUGGGUAAUCCCACUUGCAUUGAAGAACUGAUAAAACAAACAAAAAAAAAAACAACACUAUUCAGCCAUUCUUUAUUGCAUCUCAUUGUCCUUCACAUAAAACCUUCCAGUAAAGCCAUAUUAUUUAGACGCAAAUUGCUGUAUAUAAAUUGUAGCAGGGGUGACAGUUUUUUAGUAGGCCAAAACUCGGAAGAAUUAUAAUUUUAGCACUUCUGAUUCCAUCAUACUGAAGUCAGUGGGUUUUUAGAAACACCAUCUUUAAUAGAAAAAGUUUUUUAAAUAAAGACUAAAAGAGUUGUUGGAAGUUGGAAACUACUGGCUUGAACUACAAAAAUAUGUAAUCACUACCGCACUUUUCAAGUGUUUUUAUUGUAACUUCAGUUUGUUUACAUUUACAAUAAAUGAUACUAAAAGA